AACGCAUCCUAAACACUAUACCUCAGUGAAGAAUAUCAUUAAGAUGACCGUGCUUAACAUCAACAAGCUUAGUAUCUAUGCUGUACUCCUGUCAGCAGCCUUCGCACAGAUCCUAGUGGUCAGUGCUGCCAGUAUUGCCAGUGCAGAGCACCGUGACCUGGGUUCCGACGAUUCAGUGGAUGGCAUUAGUGAGUGUAAUCCCAACGAUUUUGUAGGGCAGGACUUACGAGCUUCUAGCGAUACACUAUCCUUACUAAAAUCCAAAUACAGCUGGAGGGAGGGUUGAAAGUUGACGCAAAGGAGGACAGAUCAGCACACGGGGGCAUCGCAGGCGACAUCCGGGGGUGGGGGGUAUAUUGAAUGUACUAUAAUUUUGUUCACUACCCAUGUACAAUGAUUCUGAUCGGUCCACUCGGCGGUACCAUUUUGGUGUUUACAUGAUCUUGCAGGGCUUAA